UGAUUUCCGGUGUGCGGAGGCUGGAAUUUCAGGUUUCCCUCUUGUGGGUUUCGGGGUAGCGUAGCGGGGACGCGCGUCUCCCUCAUCACCGACUCAUUACCAUCUUUUCGUUUUCAUGCAUUUGAUCGUAUGUUUAGUCUUAGAUAAGUAUGACUGAGAGCGCGGGGAAUAAAAAAGAGGAUUGUCAUGCAGCGAAUGGUGUGAAACCAGGAAGAAAUGGCAUGGUGAAGAACCAUCAUCACCAUCAUCAGUAUCAAAAGCAGGAGAAGGUUUACCAUGCUGCAUGCAAUGGAGAACUUUACAGUAGGCCGUUCAUGGAGUCCUUCGAGGAAACUCCCAUGCUGGUUGCCGUGCUCACGUACAUGGGUUACGGCAUCCUUACGAUCUUUGGAUAUCUGCGGGAUUUCAUGAGGGAGUGGAAAAUAGAAAAAUGCCACAUAGCCAGAGAAAGGGAGGUGCAGAAGGACUUUGUUCCACUUUAUCAAGACUUUGAGAAUUUCUACACAAGGAAUUUAUACAUGAGGAUUCGGGACAGCUGGAACAGGCCCAUUUGCAGUGUUCCUGGGGCCAAGUUUGACCUUGUUGAGCGAAGUUCCAAUGAUUACAACUGGACCUUUGAGUACACUGGGCGAGUGGUAAAGGAUGUGAUCAACCUGGGCUCGUAUAAUUAUCUGGGCUUUGCAGAGAACACGGGCUCCUGUGCCACAGCUGCUGGAGAUGUGACGGUGAAAUUUGGGGUGGGCGUGGCCAGCACCAGACAGGAAAUGGGCAACCUCGACAGGCAUGAAGAGUUGGAGAAACUAGUGGCGUCAUUCCUGGGUGUGGAGUCGGCUAUGACUUUCGGCAUGGGCUUUGCAACCAACUCUAUGAACAUUCCUGUAUUAGCUGGCAAGGGAUGUCUGAUUCUAAGUGACGAGUUGAACCAUGCCUCUCUGGUACUGGGAGCCCGGCUGUCCGGAUCUACCAUCCGGGUCUUUAAGCACAAUAACAUGCAGAGCCUGGAGAAGUUGCUCAGAGAUGCUAUUGUUCAUGGCCAGCCCAGAACACAUCGACCCUGGAAGAAAAUCCUUAUUCUUGUGGAGGGCAUCUACAGUAUGGAGGGCUCCAUCAUACGUCUGCCAGAAGUUAUAGCCCUGAAAAAGAAGUACAAGGCCUACCUUUACCUGGAUGAGGCUCAUAGUAUUGGGGCAUUAGGACCCGGUGGUCGAGGGGUGGUGGAGUAUUUUGGACUGGACCCCAAAGAUGUAGACAUCAUGAUGGGCACCUUCACAAAGAGCUUCGGUGCCGCUGGUGGAUACAUAGGAGGGAGGAAGGAUUUGAUAGACUACCUGCGAACCCACUCUCACAGUGCAAUUUACGCCACCUCCAUGUCACCUCCUGUCGUGGAGCAAAUCAUCACUUCUAUGAAGUGCAUUAUGGGAGAGGAUGGAACAACAAUAGGCCGUUCACGUAUCCAGCGGUUGGCUGAAAACACAGUCUAUUUCCGUAGGAGACUGCGGGAGAUGGGAUUCAUCAUCUACGGCAACAAUGACUCACCUGUGGUACCCAUGAUGCUCUACAUGCCCGCCAAAAUCGGGGCGUUUGGUCGGGAGAUGUUGAAGAGAAACAUUGGAGUAGUGGUGGUGGGCUUCCCAGCCACGCCGAUCAUAGAGUCCAGAGCCCGCUUCUGUAUCUCUGCAGCCCACUCCAAGGAAAUGCUGGACAGGGCGCUGGAUGUGAUCAGUGAGGUAGGCGAUCUGCUGCAGCUGAAAUAUUCGCGGCACAAAGUUCUUCCCUCAUUGGACCGGCCCUUUGACGAGACCACAUACGAGGAGAACGAAGAGUGACAUACUUCCUAUCUGAACCAAAUGUGCACUGCUCAUCUUCUGCUCUCCGAAAGGAGGCGGUGAACCACUAAAUAAAUAUAACUUUUUUUAAACUUAGGUAUAUCAUCUUUAUUUUAACACAUGAAACUCUGAGCAACUACAACACACACUGAUGCUUUUAGAAAAUGAAAUGCUUUUUGUCACUCCCCAAUACUGCGUUUGUCACCUCAUUUUCGUUUUGAUGUGAGGUUUGGGGUCUGUUUUUAACUAAUUGUGGCAUUCGUUUAGAGAAAUAAAUACUUUGAUUUUUCAGGCCAGCCACAGAAGGCUUUGAGCUGCUUGUGUACUCGUUGAAGCCAUAUGUCACUGCAGCCCUCAAAACCGUUUUUUGUGUACAAAAACCAUUUAGACUUUUUUUUUUUUUUUUUUUCCUUCCAAUAAGUGAGAACAGACUGGCAGCGAACCCAUUAAUUCCGAGGAUCCCGACCUAUGAAAGGAAUUACAGGUUCUUCUUAUUGCACUGUCAGUACAUUCACUGUGUUACCUUAAUCAUAUUCCAAAAGCUCCACAACUUGGCUCUCUAGUUGUUGUUUUUUCCACGGAUUUUGAAUUGUGGCCAGCUCCGGUGUCUUGCUUCAAUCGUUUUUCCUGUGUUACCGGGAUAUUUAUUUUUUCAUCAAGAUACAAAUCGCGGAUGGCGAUGUUGGUUAUGUCUGAGGGAAGUUUAGGUAGAAACAUGCAUAUUUAUCAAAUUUUCACCUCUGAGGAAACUUGGAUGUUGAUUAUAUGCAUUAUCGCCAAAGUUGCAGCACAAGUUGUGCGGUAGGAUUUCAAAAUCUCAUAGAAAAUAUAACUAAAUGCUUAAAUUGUUUUUUAUUUUUUUGACCAUUUUAAUGGUGACAUAAGUUUAUAAGUACAAUGCCAUUAAUAACUAAUAAUAUUGCUCUCUAUCAAGAGAAUUCACUCUGUAAUUUUAUUAACUUCCCUCAGUAUUGACUGAAGUUCAAGUCUUUUCAGCAUUCAUAAAAAAGAGCUUUAUGUUAUGUAUAUGUUUCUUUAAUGUACAUAUUUAUUUAUUAUUCAUGUUUCAUAUCUUUUAUUGUUGUAGAAGUGUACUUUAAUCAUCAACGGCAGCUCCAGAUGCCUCUCAAAUGCACAUGCAUGAUGUGCAUGCUCUCAGUGCACAUACUACUGAUGAGUAUUUUUAUAUCAUUUUGUUAUUCCCAGCAAAGCAUGUGGGAUGUAAUCACUGAAUCGGCUGGUUUAUGACGCUUUAAAGGUGCUGAUCUGUACACUCUGUGUUCUGUUUUGUGGCUUCUGUUGCUUUGGUCUGGUGGGGUAGUACAUUCUCCCAUGUAUUUAAUUUAGCACAAGCCUUUCAUGACAUCAAAAUCCAGGGAUAUUUUUUUUUUUUUUUAUCAUACAACCCUUUUAUUUUUUAGACUAAGAGAUGUUUAAAAAAGCAAAGGAUGGAAACAAUCAUAUAUAUAUUUUUCUUGUUAUUAUAAACACUGACGUUUAAGAAAGUAAUGAUUGAUCCAACUGAUACAAAGAGUUCUUGUUAUAAUAAAACACAUGAUUUAUCAGUACAUUCAAUGUAUGUGUUCUAAUAAGCUACAACUUGGAUUUUGCUGCCUGUAGUACAUGCUGUUUUUAAGACCUACUUUUGAAACAAAGUACACUGUGGGCUUCAUCAGUUCAGGAGUUGUUUUACUUUAAGGAAAUUAAAUUACAAUGACUAAAUGUA